UCCUAGGGGCAGAGAAAAAGUCCUAUUUAAAAAUCUAAACCAAAGCUGUAUUGUCAUAAGCCACUUCUUGAUGGUGACCCACACUUAAUAUGACUUUCAUAAAUAGUACAUGGGAGCUUUCCCCCUCGUUGUCUGUGGGAAAUUCUCUUAAUUCAUCCUUCUUAACGUUUUGCCUUUUAGCUAAAAUGUCUUUGCUCUGUUGAAAUUCAAGCUUCUAACGGUGAAAUCGAAAUCAUUCAUAGACUCUGGUAUUGCAGGGCUACAACUGUGCGGUGUUCGGAGUGGAUUCAGGCCCUGGUUUUGCUGCGUACUAGCUGUAUUGACCUUGAGCAAUACUCUGAGCUUCACUUUCUUCCUUUAUGAUGGAGAAAAUAAUAGCACCUCUAUAGAGUUAGGAAAAUUUAGUAAAAUUCCUGUAUGCAUUUAGCACUAGAUAUGGCAUAUUGUAAACUCUCUAAAACUAGCUGCUAUUUAUUACUCUUAAGCCUAGUUAUUUAAAUCAAGAAACAUUUAGUGAGCUCUCACAUGUUAUAGGAGAUUCUGAAGAUUCUUAAGUGUUUGUCCCUGUUCAUAAGGCAGUUUUAGUCUUGUUGAGCACUAAGUUCUAUGCAGUUCAAUAAACUAGAAAGUGCAUAGUGAAUUGCUGAAAGAGUGAUAGAACAAAAAGUACUGACAGUGCUCAGUAACUGGGAAGAAAAUAGUAGUCCAAAGUAGUUGGGCCAAACUUUGAGGAGGAGGUGGCUUUGGAGUUUGGAAGGGAGGCAAGAGUGGCUUCCCACUCUUGCAUUUUAUGCUCUGACAGCUAGCUACAAGAACAGAGUCAGAGGUAUUUGUAACUCCCAGUUAGGAAGAUUUGAAUAACAGAAGUACUCUUGAGUAUAUGAUGACAAGCCUUUAUUUUUUUUACCAAGUGUUACCAAAUAUUAGAGCUAUGGUAAAGUUUUUCAUAUAAAUGUGAAAUUGCGUCCUCCCAAAGGAAUCCUAAGUAUGUAUGUGCUUUAAAAGAACCCAAAAUUAUCUGAAUAUUGUCAUAUGGCUCUUGCAAAUGAUGAUGAUAGUGAUGCUCAUAAUGAGAAUUUGCUGCACUCAGCAGCCCAUUUUAGAUUACGUAUUAUUAGAACACAUUAAGUCCACUUGGAGAAGCCAGUUAAGUCUUUGGCUGCUUUGGUUCCUGAGCAUGAGUUUGGUUAAGCUUUGUAAAGACUUCCUAAAUACUAUGCCAGGAGUUUGUUUUGACCAGAUGAUUCUUGCUGCUUGCUUUGAUCCUGGCUUCGUAUCUAGAUGUUAUAGAAGUCCUACACUUUUUCUGAGGGCACUUGCGUUAAACUGAAAUUUGGAUAAGUCAUUCUGUCUCAGAAUAUAGUAUACUAUAUUCUUCAGGAAUCCUCAUAUACUCAUUCUUAUCUUCCUUUCUUUUUCCGAGUUCGAGGGAUUCUCCUGCCUCAACCUCCACAGUACCUGGGAUUACAGGUGAUUACCCACAGUCAGUAUCAAAAGUCCAAAAGAAUUUCCAUCUUUCUGAGCAUGCAAGAUGAAAUUGAGACAGAAGAGAUCAUCAAGGACAUUUUCCGGCAAGGCAAAAUCUGCUUCAUCCCUCGGUACCAGUUCCAGAGCAAUCACAUGGAUAUGGUGAGAAUAGAAUCACCAGAGGAAAUUUCUUCACUUCCCAAAACGUCCUGGAAUAUUCCUCAGCCUGGUGAGGGUGACAUUCGUGAGGAGGCCUUGUCCACAGGGGGACUGGAUCUCAUCUUCAUGCCAGGCCUUGGGUUUGACAAACAUGGCAACCGACUGGGGAGGGGCAGGGGCUACUAUGAUGCCUACCUGAAGCGCUGUUUGCAGCAUCAGGAAGUGAAGCCCUACACCCUGGCGUUGGCUUUCAAAGAACAGAUUUGCCUCCAGGUCCCAGUGAAUGAAAAUGACAUGAAGGUAGAUGAAGUCCUGUAUGAAGACUCCUCAGCAUCUUAAAUCUGGAUAAUUACAACCAAAUGAUUAGUGUUUUAUAUGAGAGUAAAGCAAAUUAUGUCUAUUUUUCCCUUGUCAAAAAUUAAAAUUGUAAUUAUAAAAUACCUUAUAUAAAACUGUCUUUAAAAAC